ACUAACAGUACAAACGUAGCUGCGACACGCAGCACAGCGAAAUCAACAGCUAGCCUGUUGAAAUGCCUCCCGGAGACCUCGACCCACCCCUCAGUACUCGUCCGUGGGAGCACAUUGUUGUUUUACUUCACUGGUAGGACCGCGUGGAGACGGAAUGUGUCCGGUAAAAUGCCGACUUUUUGAGUUUUAUUCCCCCGUUUCGCUCGGCGUAGCGAGGCAGAAGCAGCGGGUCUUUUUCCAAAGUUGACGGUUAGCAGCAGGGCGCGUGUGAAGGAUCGGACUUAAAGGAGCAGUACACCCCGCUGCAGCCUCCCAACAUGGAGAAGCAGCAGAGCGAUCUGGACCGCGACAGACAGGUCUGUGAACUUUGUGGGAGAAUGGAGAACCUUUUAAAGUGCGGUCGGUGCCGGAGUUCCUUCUACUGCAGCAAAGAGCACCAGAAGCAGGACUGGAAGAAACACAAGCUGAUUUGUAAGGAGGCUGACAAGCCGAAACAGAAGCCUGGAGACGGUCCGUCGGCGGGGGACAGCAGGAAACAACGAGAAAAGAAAAGCACGGAGCAGGGGGAUUCUGCAACCGUACCCCCAUCUCCAAACACAGAAGCACCUGCUGACGGGGAUGGACCGGGAGAACUGGGGUCCAACACCCCCACCACGCCUAACGGCCAGACCAGCCUCUCCCCUCAGAAACUGGCAACGGAGUGCAUCGUCCCCUGCAUGAAUAAGCACGGCAUCUGCGUGGUGGACAACUUCCUAGGAGCAGAGACCGGACUUUGCAUUUUGGAGAACGUCAAGUCUCUGUACAAGACGGGCAGGUUCACAGACGGCCAGCUGGUGAGCCAAAAGAGCGACUCCACUAAAGACAUCAGAGGGGACAAAAUCACGUGGAUAGACGGGACAGAGUCUCACUGCGAGAAGAUCAGCUUCCUAAUGAGUCGGAUGGACGACUUAAUCAGACACUGUAAUGGCAAACUGGGGAACUACACUAUAAACGGAAGGACAAAAGCAAUGGUGGCCUGUUACCCUGGGAACGGAACAGGUUAUGUGCGCCAUGUGGAUAACCCCAACGGCGAUGGACGCUGUGUCACAUGCAUAUAUUACCUUAAUAGAGAUUGGAAUGCCAAGGAACACGGCGGCCUGCUGCGAAUCUUCCCUGAAGGAAAGGCCCAGUUUGCUGAUAUAGAGCCAAAAUUUGACCGGCUGCUCCUCUUCUGGUCAGACAGACGAAACCCCCACGAGGUCCAGCCCGCUUUCUCUACAAGGUAUGCCAUAACGGUCUGGUAUUUCGAUGCAGACGAGCGAGCCAGAGCUAAAGAAAAGUACUUAACAGGUGCAGGAGAAAAGGGAGUAAAAGUUGAACUCAACAAAUCAUCGGAUUCCAGCUAGUAGGACGACUGCAAACAUCCACUAAGUGCUCUAUCCUAAGAAAGUGGCCUACAGAGAUCAUGUGUGCAACUGAAAAAUCUUAAUCUACAUUAAGAAAAACAAAAUAGGAGUACAGAAAUCAAAUAUACUUUACACUUAAUCUGGACAGUGAAUGUCAUAACAUUGUACUGAAAGGGAUUGUAUGCUUUUUUUUUCUCCUCUUAUUAACAGAGUAUGCAUCUACAGUGCAGCUGAGCUGACUAAAAUCAACAAAAAAAAGCUUUAGAUCCUCAUAAUUUGUUGAUUUCUUAAAGGUACAGUGUUUUACUUUUCGUGUUAUUUUCCUCGCAUCAAAUGGUUUCAUAGGAAAGCUUCAUCAUCCAUGUCAGUUUCCAGUAAGUUCAGGAAUUAUGGACAUAAAAAAAACAACUAAUUUCUGCCAGAACUGCUUUGUUUUUAAAUCUGCAGUGUCAGGUUUUAAUGGCCUUGUUUUUCUCACUCAGUAACAUGAACUGUUUGGAGCUGCAGAAACUUACAUAAACAUCAUGACUGAGUGGGAUGCAGUGAGACCUGCUGUGAUCUGCUCAGUGCAAAGUAGAGUGCGCCCUCUGCAGGACACUUGUGUACAGCACCUUUAUGCUUGUGCCAAUUUUUUGUUGGUUUUUUUUUUUUUUUUUGGAUCUGUGGA